UCAGUACUCAGCCAUAUUAAGAGUUAGAUUUCUAUUUUACAAAUGAAAAAACAAGCGAAAGGUGCCCAGAGUCACACAGCAGCUCGGGUUGGUACAGUAGGCUUCACUAGACUUAGCUGCAACUCAGAAUUUCUCCUCCAGCACCUGAGUAAAUGCUGAUGGUCUUGUGGAGAGUGGAUUAAGAGUACGAGCUAAGUUCUCAAUCCCAAUUAAGAAGCGGAGGAAAAUUUAAACUGUCUCCUUCAAAGUUUAUCACAACCACCACCAUCAAGACAGCAAACCAAAGGACAAAGACUUUGACCUGCUCUGUUGCUCUGUGUAGUCCAGUUCACGUAUGGUUUACAGACUUGGCUGGGGUACUAAUGAGUAAAUAAAAAGUCGGACACUUCUGUCAUUGGACACUUUUAUUCACAAAGUUACCAAAAUGAGGGCUGUACUGGAGACAGCAGACAUUGCCAUAGUGGCCCUGUAUUUUAUCCUGGUCAUGUGCAUUGGUUUUUUUGCCAUGUGGAAAUCUAAUAGAAGCACCGUGAGUGGAUACUUCCUGGCUGGGCGCUCUAUGACCUGGGUGGCGAUUGGUGCCUCUCUGUUUGUGAGCAAUAUUGGGAGUGAGCACUUCAUUGGGCUAGCGGGAUCUGGAGCUGCAAGUGGAUUUGCAGUAGGCGCAUGGGAAUUCAAUGCCUUACUGCUUUUGCAACUUCUGGGAUGGGUUUUUAUCCCGAUUUACAUCCGGUCAGGGGUAUACACCAUGCCUGAAUACUUGUCCAAGCGAUUUGGUGGCCAUAGGAUUCAGGUCUAUUUUGCGGCCUUGUCUUUAAUUCUUUAUAUCUUCACCAAGCUUUCAGUGGAUCUGUAUUCGGGUGCCCUCUUUAUCCAGGAGUCUUUGGGUUGGAACCUAUAUGUGUCUGUCAUCCUGCUCAUUGGCAUGACUGCUUUGCUGACUGUCACCGGAGGCCUUGUUGCAGUAAUCUACACAGACACUCUCCAGGCUCUGCUCAUGAUCGUUGGGGCACUCACACUUAUGAUUAUUAGCAUGAUGGAGAUUGGCGGGUUUGAGGAAGUUAAGAGAAGGUACAUGUUGGCCUCACCCAAUGUCACUUCCAUCUUGUUGACGUACAACCUUUCCAACACAAAUUCUUGUAAUGUCCACCCUCAGAAAGAUGCACUGAAAAUGUUGCGGAAUCCAACAGAUGAAGAUGUUCCGUGGCCUGGAUUCAUUCUUGGGCAGACCCCAGCUUCAGUUUGGUACUGGUGUGCUGACCAAGUCAUCGUGCAGAGGGUACUCGCGGCUAAAAACAUUGCGCAUGCCAAAGGCUCUACUCUAAUGGCUGGCUUCUUGAAGCUUUUGCCAAUGUUUAUCAUAGUUGUCCCAGGAAUGAUUUCCAGGAUAUUGUUUACUGAUGAUAUAGCUUGCAUCAACCCAGAGCACUGCAUGCAAGUGUGUGGAAGCAGAGCUGGGUGCUCUAAUAUUGCUUACCCACGCCUGGUGAUGAAACUGGUUCCUGUGGGCCUCCGAGGCUUAAUGAUGGCAGUGAUGAUUGCAGCUCUGAUGAGUGACUUGGACUCUAUCUUUAACAGUGCCAGUACCAUAUUCACCCUCGAUGUGUACAAACUUAUCCGCAAGAGUGCAAGCUCCCGGGAACUAAUGAUUGUGGGGAGGAUAUUCGUGGCUUUUAUGGUGGUGAUCAGCAUCGCGUGGGUGCCAAUCAUCGUGGAGAUGCAAGGAGGCCAGAUGUACCUUUAUAUUCAGGAGGUAGCAGAUUACCUGACGCCCCCAGUCGCUGCCCUGUUUCUUCUGGCAAUUUUCUGGAAGCGCUGCAAUGAACAAGGGGCUUUCUAUGGUGGAAUGGCUGGCUUUGUUCUUGGAGCAGUUCGUUUGACACUGGCCUUUGCCUACCGUGCCCCAGAAUGUGACCAACCUGAUAACAGGCCAGACUUCAUCAAAGACAUUCAUUACAUGUAUGUGGCCACAGCAUUGUUUUGGGUCACAGGACUCAUUACUGUAAUCGUUAGCCUUCUCACUCCACCUCCCACGAAGGAACAGAUUCGUACUACCACCUUUUGGUCUAAGAAGAGCCUGGUGGUGAAGGAGAGCUGCUCCCCAAAAGACGAACCAUACAAAAUGCAAGAGAAGAGCAUUCUGAGAUGCAGUGAGAAUAGCGAGGCCAUCAACCACAUCAUUCCCAAUGGGAAAUCUGAAGAUAGCAUUAAGGGCCUUCAGCCUGAAGAUGUUAAUCUCUUGGUGACCUGCAGAGAGGAGGGCAACCCAGUGGCCUCCUUAGGUCAUUCAGAGGCAGAAACACCAGUAGAUGCUUAUUCCAAUGGGCAAGCAGCGCUCAUGGGUGAGAAAGAGAGAAAGAAGGAAACAGAAGAUGGAGGCCGGUAUUGGAAGUUCAUAGAUUGGUUCUGUGGCUUUAAAAGUAAGAGCCUCAGCAAGAGGAGUCUCAGAGACCUGAUGGAGGAGGAGGCUGUUUGUUUACAAAUGUUGGAAGAGCCUCCGCAAGUUAAACUAAUACUGAAUAUUGGACUUUUUGCUGUGUGUUCACUUGGAAUUUUCAUGUUUGUUUAUUUCUCCUUAUGAACUUUUAAGGACAUGUUGAGACACUAACUUAAGAAAAUACUGAUCUUUGAAAAAAAACUUACGUAACUGUUGCAUCUCUCAGGCAUUGUUUACGCUGUAGGUUUUAGCCAAAUUUUAAUUAGCAGAAAAUCAUCUAUUUGCAAGACUUUAUUUUCCCAGAGAUGGACGAAAGUAAAUUUUCAACCUAAAUGAAGCAAAACUUGUUUAAUAGACUGAAUUGUGCAAAUGUGGUUUAAAAUUUUUCAUACCAAAGUAAGGAGAGACCAAUUAUUCUCAUAGAGCACUUAGAACAGAAUAUAUGCUAAGAUAUCACGAAUAAGGUAUACUGUCUGCACUGCCAAAUCAUGGUAGACCUUGUUAACCUGAAGUAGAAGACUUGAUCAUUUUAAAGUUUUUUUGUCUGUCUCUGUAAUCUCUACUAUUAAAACAACAACAACAACAACAACAACAAAACGGAAUUUGUAGACAUUGUGUAAUCAAUUGUGUACUGAAAAUCUUAUGUGCUAGUGGGGUACUUGUUUCAGGACAGAUUAGUUGCCGGGUUCAUUUUGUUAGCAUGAGCCUGUGGGUUCUGAUUGCCAAAAGAAAGGAGGAAGAAUGUCUUCCUGUAGCUGUUCUUGUACCACCAGUAUAUGGAAUGUUGGGAAAAAGUUUGUUCCACUCCCUUUUUUUUCCUAUUUUGACUGACAUUUAAGUGAACCAUACUCAAAUGACCAUCAAGUUUGUCUUUAUAAAGUUAUAUGUUAUGAUUGUAUUAAAUGAUUAUGGGGGAGAAGAUGAAGUAAACAUUGCUGAUGAUCCCCACAUUUAUUGACCAAAUUAAGGUUGUUUAUUUUAGGAACUGGCAGCCCCUAAGCAGUGUUUUGAUCAGUUUAUGCCAAACAGGUAAUUACUCAUGCUCCACUAAUUCUGUAGAUAUGAUGUUGCCAUUUGGUGACAUUCUUUAUUAGCCAGAUGUCUUCCAGGUAGAUCCAGUUGGAAGAUGUGUCCAGAAAUUUGAAGAAAAAUUAACACUGCCUUCGCGCUGGGUUGUCCUGCUUGAUUAAAUCACAAUACAGUGAGGUCGAAUUUUUAGGUGGAAAAUUUAAUUCUGAGAUCAUAUUACAUCCUUAAUAAGUUUUUUUCUUGAUAUAUUUUUUUUUCCAAAAGGCUUGCCAUCUAUACCUGGCCUCUACAUUUUUGCUUAAAAUGUUACACUGACUUAGAGCAUGAGGAUAUUUCAAUGCAAACCGGCCAUCAGUAACAGAAAACUCAGAAUGCAUGCUUUGCUGUGGGUAGAUCGUCAGUAUAGUCUUUCUAUAGAAUGGAUAGCAUGUCGAAGAGGUGCCACAAACAAGAACUUCUGGGUUUAGUGGUGUGUCUUAUGGAGGAUAUUACAGGACUUGCAUAAGUAAUUAUAGGACUCUUUAUCUUGACAUGACUUGGUACACAGUCACAACCUUCAUAGAUGGGAAUCUGUUUUUCACAGACUGAUUCCCCUUGCUGAGGACAGGGUACAAAAGAUGUUAGAGCCAAGCUCUACAGAUUAUGUAGUUCUGUGUCUUUGUGUACAACGGUGUCCUUUUUCAAAAACUCCAUGACAGAUGAAGGAAACUGAUUGUGUAUCUACUUUCUUUGACUUUUCUGUAAUCUCUGAUACUUUCUAAAGUGCAUGAUUUUGUUAAGCUUAUAUUUAGGGAAAAUUAUUACUUUUUUAGGUACUUUUGUAGAUUUUGAAUCAAAACUCAGUCCUAAUGAUUUUAAAUAUUUUGUAUUAUAUAACCUAGUUUCAUUAUAAUGGACUUAAUUAGUCCAAAGUUGAUCUUAGAAAUUAUCAGGUAGCAUAAUGUCUUCCCAUCUCCAGGAGGCUUUCUGAUAGACUGAGUCUGUAGUGAAAAAAUAAUUCACGUGUGAAUAGCAUGAUUUCUGAGAGCUUAGAGUGCCUUGUAGUAUUUUUCUUCUCAAUGCUUAUGGUUUAUAAGUUGGGGGCCAAGUAAAUAGGGACCAUUCUUUUGUAUGGAGGCUGGGGUUGUGACAUGUCCAGGGUUACAAAGUCCACUGUAAAGAACCGAAAACUAGGUGUUCAGAUCUGGACUCAUGGUUUGUCCUUUUCUCAAAGAACUGUUCCUCCUUUGAGACAACCUUUUGGUAUUUGGAGAAAUAAUAGGAUCUUAGAUUUUUCAAAAUGGCAUCAAGUUGUAGGAAUUUAAAUUUUCUUUGACUCUGAAUACACUGCUGUAUAUUACUCAGUAGUAAUGAUUGACACUGGCUGAGCAGCCUUCUUCCCCUUUUUAUUUACAGCGUAAAUAAAUAGAUGGUGUUUA